AUGAACGCCACCACCCACGUUCGUCUCGUCCUCGGAAAGCCUGAGGAUAUAGCUGCUGACGGGUCAACAAAGGCGAGGAAAGCUACCCCCUGUGCCCCCAAGCAUACCAAGCCUCCCGUGCAUCCGGGCCAAGCCUCGCGACUGCCUGUGCCCUGGUGUUCUUCAACCUCACUUGCUCGUCAGAUUCAGCCCUGGCUAUACUCCCCUGCGAGAGCCGCAAACCUAAAACAGAGCGUCCCUAGUUUUUCAUCCCUUCUUGCGGAUCCUUACCAUCACUCUUCGGAUGGCAGCGCGACAUUUGAUCCCAUCUUGGGUGGGCCCUCGUCACAGCACUCCACGAAUGACGAUACCUCGCGCGACUCCUUCACACCAAGCUCCAACAGUCCCAUGCCCAGACCUGACCGAGAUCCAGAAAGACGUGCCAUCACAACAACCCGUGCAUCCGAGAUUCCGUGCACCGGAUGCUGCGAGCAGCGGGCCAUGUUCAUCAGCCAAGGCGACGAUGAACCAGACCCCUCCUGA